ACAAUAACGCACAUAAAAUAAAAGACUCUUCAAAUCUAAAACAAGAAUCUCUUUCUUUUCUUUUUUGUAGUUUCUGCUUUUUUUUGUUUUUUUCCUUGGCGGUUCAAUUCAUCAAAUGUAGCUGCAAAAGCACUAAUGCAAUUGUGGAAUAAAGCUCAUAAAGAAGAGUUCGCCUAAAAAAAAUUGUCGGUUUAUCAAAGUGAUAAAUCAGGUGUUUGCUGAACCCAUGUUCUCCUUUAUGCAUGGAAUGGGAGCAGCAGUAUUAGCUAUAAUCCUUAUGGUCAGAGUUUAAGUGGGGUGAAAUGAGGGCUGUGUUUGAAGUUUAAGGUUGCUUAAUUUGAAAGUCAGUUGUUGGUAGUUCAGCAUCACCUGAUUACUGGUUUGUAAUUAGUUGCUUCAUUUGCGGGAAAUAUUGUGAGUGAAUGAGUGUGUAUUGAAUUAAUUGAACUUCAUGAUGGUGAUUAAUUUUGCUCAUUUAGGUUCACAAGAAACUUCAUUCAUUUGCUAAGAAAGGUAGCUGAUGGCAAUUCCCUUAUAUCGAACAGCUGUCCCAUUUUUGCUUGUCAUGUUGGUUUCAGUCUCUUGUAAAGAGCAUCUGGGAUCACCAUAUGUCCAAACUCUUUUGAGGAUCAAAGAACUCCUAAAUUCUCCACCAUAUCUGAGUAGCUGGAAAACUGGCAUGGAUUUCUGCACAAGUGAACCAACCCCGACUCUCACUGUUGUUUGCUAUGAUAAAACCAUAACUCAGCUGCAUAUUGUGGGGGACUUAGGGGCUCCUAGAUUGCCUAUGAAUUUCUCAAUUGAUUCCUUCGUUGGCACGCUAGUGAGGCUCCCGAGCUUGAAGGUCCUCACGUUGGUCUCUUUAGGUCUAUGGGGGCCUCUGCCAAGAAAGUUCAUGCGCCUAUCCUCCCUAGAAAUAGUGAACCUGACUUCAAACUUCUUCGAAGGCCAAUUACCUCCCAUGAUUUCAUCACUCCAACACCUUCAAACUCUCAUACUCGAUAGCAAUAACUUCACUGGUAGGCUUCCAGAUAGCCUUGGCUCACUCUCAGCUCUGGCCGUUUUGAAUUUGAGAAAUAAUUCUUUGUAUGGAUCCUUGCCUCAUUCACUGGGAGAUUUGGAAGCCCUCAGGGUUCUCGUGCUGUCUAACAACAAUUUCACAGGUGACGUGCCGGAUCUUAGCAGCCUGACUAAUCUUCAAGUGCUCAACUUGGAAAACAAUGCCCUUGGGCCUCGAUUUCCAAUAGUAGGCCAAAAGGUCGAAAGGAUUGUGCUGAGGAACAACAGAUUUAGCUUUGGCAUCCCGGAGAAAGUUCAAACAUAUAAUCAGCUCAAGUUCUUCGAUAUUUCUCUCAACAGAUUCGUGGGGCCUUUUCCAGUGUCUAUGAUUUCUCUGCCAUCGAUUGCUUAUCUGAAUAUUGCAGAAAACAAAUUGACAGGAAUGCUUUCUGAAAGUCUUCCUUGCAAUGAUGAUCUUUAUUAUGUGAACUUCACUGCCAAUCUGCUGACUGGAAAACUGCCCCGCUGCCUACUGUCUGGUUCCAGUAAAAGGGUCGUGUUGUAUGCUGAAAACUGUUUGGCAACCGGAGAUGAGAAUCAGCAGCCGAUUUCCUUUUGUAAGAACGAGGCUCUGGCUGUGGGAAUACUACCUCAUUCUCAUAAGCAAAAGCAAGCUUCCAAAGUAAUUCUUGCUUUAAGCAUAUGUGGCGGAGUUACGGUGGGAGUAGUUUUAGUGAGCGCGUUUUACUUGAUAGUAAAGAAUUUUCUUGCCAAAAGAGCAGCACAAAAAUCUCAACCUAGACUUGCAGAAGACAAUGCAUCAACAGCCUACACCUCAAAGAUACUUAAAGACGCAAGAUAUAUAACUCAAGCAAUGAAAAUAGGCGGACUCGGGCUUCCAUCUUAUAGGACCUUUUCACUGGAAGAGCUCGAGGAGGCAACAAAUAAUUUUCAUUCUUCAACUUUGAUAGGAGAAGGUUCUCGCGGACAGAUGUAUAGAGGCCAAUUGAGGGAUGGCUCCUAUGUGGCAAUUAGAUGCCCUAAAUUGAGAAGAAAUCACACAACUCAACACUUUAUGCCUCACAUUGAGUUGAUCUCAAAACUCAGACACCAAAAUUUGAUCAGCGCUCUCGGACACUGCUUUGAGUACCACUUGGAUGAUUCAAGUGUAAGCAGAGUGUUUCUGGUCUUCGCUUAUGUGCCAAAUGGCACUCUCAGAAGCUGGACAUCUGAAAGGCGUCGACAAAAGCUUUCCUGGGCUCAGCGCAUAGCAGCUGCUACUGGGGUGGCAAAGGGUAUCCAGUUCCUCCAUACAGGAAUUGUUCCUGGUAUUUUUGCCAACAACCUUAAGAUAACAGAUGUUCUAUUGGAUCAGAACCUUGUCGCAAAAAUCAGCAGCUACAACCUUCCUUUGCUAUCAGACAACAUGGAAAAGGAUAGUCUCCAAAACUUUUUCAGAGGAUCAAAGGAGCUAAAGAGGGCAAGAGCAAAGCAUCAAGAUAAGUUGGACAUUUACGACUUUGGAGUAAUCUUACUAGAACUCAUCACAGGGAAGCCCAUGAAUUCGAGGAACGAGGAGGAUGCAGUAAAAGAUGAGAUGAAUGCGAGCAUAACAAGUGAUGAUUCAUCGAGGAAGAGUUUAGUCGACCGAGCAGUCAGAAACACGUGCUCUGGUGAAUCUGCAAGAACGAUGAUUGGGAUAUGCUGCAGAUGCUUACUCAAAGAUCCAGCUGAAAGACCUUCAAUCGAAGAUGUAGUGUGGAAUCUGCAGUUUGCUGCUCAGGUUCAGGAUGCAUCUCAAAGCAGCGACGGCUCUCCCAUUUCUCCUCUGCAAUCCUCACGCAUGAAGCCAAUCAUCACCAAUAAAUGAUAGGAAAAAAAACAUUGUUAUACACAACACAAUGGCAGCUCAAAACAUGCACUUUGUUGUAUUAUAACUCAUCAAAAUUAAGUCUUUGAACUCUGAUUGAUCCA